AUCGCGCCGCGAGAGCACGUGCAAAACGCUCCUCCCUCGGGGAGGCUAAACCAAUCGGAUGGUGGCUAACAAGAAGUGGGGGAAUGCUUAGCCAAUCAGAGCCCGCCGUAGAACGGACGGGGCCCGAAGGCGCGAAGCGGCGGCGCUGCGCUGGGCUGAGGCGCGAGGCCGCCGUCGUGUGAGGGCGAUGGCGGCCGGGCCUGGGCGGUGGCGGCGCCUUGAGGCAGGGGCUGGGGAUGCUCCUGCUCCUUGGGGCCUUGCUGGGGGCUGCCCAGGCCGCGGUGUAUUUCCAGGAGCAGUUUCUGGAUGGAGCCGGCUGGCAGAAGAGGUGGGUGCACUCCGAGUACAAGGCAGAAAGGCUGGGGAUGUUUAAACUCACGGCUGGGAAGUUCUACGGAGAUCCUGUGAGAGAUAAAGGUCUUCAAACUAGUGAGAACUCCAAAUUUUAUGCAAUCUCCUCACGAUUUAAACCAUUUAGUAACAAAGGGAAGACUCUGGUCAUUCAAUAUACAGUGAAACAUGAGCAAAAGAUUGAUUGUGGUGGGGGAUACAUUAAGAUUUUUUCCUCAGACUUGGAUCAGAAGAACCUGAGUGGAGAUUCCCGUUACUAUAUAAUGUUUGGGCCAGAUAUUUGUGGAUCCGAGACAAAGAAAGUCCAUGUUAUUUUAAAUUACAAGAAUAAACCCCACCCAAUCAAGAAACCAAUCAGAUGUAAGGUUGAUGGAUAUACACAUCUGUAUACUUUGAUUAUAAGGCCAGAUCAGACUUACGAAGUAAAAAUUGAUAAUGAAGUGGCUGCAUCAGGCAACUUAGAAGAUGAUUUAGAUUUUUUGCCACCAAGGAAAAUUAAUGAUCCAGCAGUGAAGAAACCCCAUGACUGGGAUGAUCGAAUCCAAAUUGAUGAUCCAAAUGACAUCAAACCUGAGGAUUGGGAUGAACCUGAAUACAUCAUGGACACUAGUGCUGAGAAACCUGAAGACUGGAAUGAUUCUGUGAAUGGAAAAUGGAGUUACCCUAUGAUCAAGAAUCCUCUAUACAGAGGGGAGUGGCAACCAAGGCAGAUUGAUAACCCAAAUUACAGAGGGGUUUGGCCUCACCCAAAGAUUGACAAUCCAAAUUACUCGCCAGAUUACAAUAUCUACAGUUUUGAAAACAUCAGCAUUAUUGGACUAGAUAUCUGGCAGGUGAGAGCUGGCACAAUUUUUGACAACUUCUUGAUAACAGAUGAUGAGGAUUAUGCAGAAGACUUUGGAGAUGAAACAUGGGGAGAAACAAAGGAUCCCGAAAAGGAAAUGAACAUCAGGCAGACUGAGGAGGAGCAGGAGAGAGAGAGGGUCAUAGAAGAAAAAUACUUUGAGCAACGAUUUAAGAAAAAAAUAAAGGAAAAAAGAAAAUCUCAAAGAGAUCGAGUGAUGAGGAGCUCUAUCAAGAAAGAAGAGCUUUAAUUAUGUGAAAGACAUUUUUUUUCCCAGUUAUCUCUAUAAAGAUUUUGAUGUUUUGCUAACAGCUUGUUGAAAUUUGCAUUGUUGAAGUUGUAUUAAGGCUGGACUUAAAAAUAUUUUGUGAACUUUCAGUUUUGUUACAAAGUACUAUAGUGUACUUCUAAUGUUAUUAAAAAUUUACCUUUUAUUGCAAUUGUGUUAAAUACAUCUUAAGUAUUACAUUAAAAGCACCGUUUUUGGAACGGUUUCUCAUAAUUUAAUAUUAAAAUUCAUGCUCAUUUUGAAGAGAUCAAAAUGAGCGUUUUGUUAUUUCAUUAAAGGAUUUUGCAUGUCAGAUGUGUAAAGUGUGUUUCACUACAUACUUCAAACUAAGAAGAUAAACUUUGCUAAGCUUCUGUAGUAAUUGUGCACCUGUCCCUGUUCCAAGGAUUACUGCAGUUGUAUCGCUGCUGGGCCCUUGCUGUAGCUGCUCCCUUUCUCUUUGGCUUCAGUGCGUGUUUCUGAACCAGGAACCACUGCAUAUUUUUGUUUGACCUCUUGUAACUUGUUCUUUUAACUUUGUUCAGUCACUUCUAUCACGUGUCUUUUCUUAGUUCUUUUCUCUUGUCUUUGUGCUCUUCUGC